AUGGAAGAUCCAAACGAGUUUGAAGGAGAGUUUGUACACAAAUUCUACAAUGAAAACUCGAGGGAGUUUUCGGCAACAAGGAGGAAGCAUUGGAAGAUGACAGAAACCUUCCUGGACAGGUACUGGACAGCCGAUUCUAUUGUGCUUGAUGCUGGAUGUGGAAACGGAAGAUCGUUUCUGGUGCCGGGAAUAGUCGGGUUGGAUUACUGCUGGGGUCUCUUGAGAGACGGGAAGGCUGUAAAGAACUAUGGGCUGAUCCGAGGAGAUGUUUUGGAGCUUCCCUUUGUAGAUUGUAGCUUUGAUCUUGUGCUGAGUGUCGGGGUGAUCCAUCAUCUUAGUACUGAUUGUAGGAGGAAGAAGGCGAUGGAGGAGAUGAGAAGGGUCCUGAGAGAUGGAGGCAAGAUGCUAGUAUAUGUGUGGGGAAGUUCUGUAAGUGGAAAGAGGAAGUUUUCGAAGAUCAUCGGAGGAUCUGAACAGGACUAUUUUGCAACAUGGAAUCUCAGGGAUGAUGCCAAGAGAUACUACCAUCUUUAUGGCAUGGAGGAUUUGGUGGAGCUCUGCAAAUCUUCCGGAUUCAAGGUUCUAGACCAUGGGCCUGAGGAGGAGAGUCUAUUUGUUGUUCUGGAGAAGUGA